AUGGACACCAAGGCACAGAACCUUCCCUUCACGCACACCCAACCCCACAGCAGCUCUCGGUCCCAAAGCCACACCUGCAACCAUUGCAGCUGCAGCCACCACUGCCAGAACUGCAGCCCGACUUGCAGCUGGAGCCAGGGCUGUCGCCAGAGCCAGAGUUACCGUCAAAGCAGGGGCUCCAGUCAGAGCCCGACGGGCCACUGCAGCCCACCUGGCCCCCAGAGCCAGAGUCCACGAUCGAGCCCGCUCCCAAAGCACCAGAAACACACCAUGCACCCCCAGCACUGUCCCAAGCGGCCCGCCACCCACUCCUCCCGCUACCCCAAGAACAGAAAGAACGUGGACGCAAAGGUGAACAAGAGGAAGGCGGUCAAGAGGAGCCGGCGGGUGUACAAAACCAAGAGGCGAAGCUCAGGUACCUUUCACGCAGGUGGGGAAGGGGAGCUGCCCAGCUGGACCUCGGGGGCAGUGAGGAGGACUAACCAAGGCGGGAGGGGGCGGGGGGAGGUAGCCUCGCGGGGCCCCGCCCGGUUUCUGAGGAACUCGGCCCGUAGCCGAGGCACUCCUCCUGCGCUACUGAAGGGUUCCUCCGAAGCCUGUGGUCACAAGCUGCCGCUUCCUGGGAAGCCCAAGCCAAGACCAGGGACAGCGACGGGCCGAGAGGAGCGCACGGGGGUGGGGGAACCGCCGCUGAGGGUCCGGGACACCGGGGCAGGGCGACGGCGUGAGCAGUACCGAGGGGUCCAAGGCCGGGACCUUCUGGCCGGACCCCAGGUCGGGUGGAGGAGUCUAGUUCGAGGGGAGUAG